UUUGGCCCCAAGCAAAUCAUUUCUCAUUUUGAUGCAAGCCAAAUGUGAUACUUAAGCCCAUUCUCUCCUAUUAGGUCAUUGAGGUCUACUGCCUUCCCUUGGAUUAUGCUCCUUCUGUCCUGGAAACUUGACAUUCGCGAUGGAAUAUACAUCGAGACAGACCACCCUUCUCAUUGUUAUCUGGACACUCACUGCAGUGGCUGCUAUCCUGCUGGCAGCCCGUCUUUAUGUAAGGUUACGCCUGCGACCGGGGGCGUAUGGAUGGGAUGACUCGACUAUGGUUCUGUCCUUUGCACUCGGAGUCGCAACUGCGGCGUUAGAGCAUCUUCUUAUCCAGUACGGAAUCGGCAGGCACCUGGAUGAUGUCGACCUAGCAAAUCUUCCCAAGCUCGCCAAGCUAACUCUGAUCUCUUCGAUUACCAACCUCCUCUGCACAAUGACGCUGAAAAUAUCGCUGUCCAUAUUCUUACUCCGCAUGGUGGAACAAGCAAAUCGGACCGUUCAACGACUCGUCAUCCUCAAUCUUAUCAUCCUCAUUCCCUUCACAGUCGCCGUGAUCAUUGUCGAUCUCGUCCAGUGCAUCCCUCUACACGGUUACUGGGACAACUCUGUCAACGCUAAAUGCAUAGACACCAACGCCGUUAAUAUCCUUCUCAAGGCCGCCUCCGCCGUCGGCGCCGUCACUGACUUCAUGACCGCUGCCAUCCCUAUAAUUAUAAUCCAUAAUCUCCAGAUGCCUGCACGGCGGAAAUACAUCCUCUACGCGAUCCUCGCGCUUGGUUUCUUUAUCACUGGGGCUUCUAUCGUGAAGACCGUCUCGAUCGACUGGAACCCCGAGGACUACACAUGGGACAACGCCAAACUGGUCCCCUGGGCGUUCACGGAGCAGGAGGGCGGGGUGAUCGUGGGUUGUCUCGUGACUCUGAGGCCGAUUUGGCAGCUCAUACGGUCGCGUAUCAGUUCGCAGCCGCUUAGUGAAGACUACAAUAUGUCUGGUAGUGGGCGGCGGACAUUACUGAGGAGUAAGCAGGAGGUGGACGAGCGCGGCUUGCUCGCAGAGCCUCUGGAGAUCAAGAAGCAGACUAGAUUUGAGGUCUUGGAUGAGGCAGGAGGUUCGCAGGCUGAUGGAUCGGAGAACCCGUGGGAGUACAGGCGGUAGAGUACCUAGCUAGGCAGCAGGUAAAGGGUUUAGUGCUUCUCUGGUAAAAUG